CUCUUGCGUUCUCUUUCACUCUUCCUCACUUCCCUCUUCACCUUACCCGUAUAGCAUAUCAACCACUUUUCCUUCACUAGUGCAUUGAUCCCUUUGAUUCUUUUUCUUUAUUUGUUCAAUUGAUCUACACUAAUGUCACGCAUUUUCUUGCGCACGCUUGCAAUUAAGGCAAUGCAACAGGGUGCCAUCCCUCAACAUGUCGGAUUCAUUAUGGAUGGCAAUCGUCGCUAUGGAAAAAAAGUUAAUGUCGGCAAUAAGGGCUACUACCUUGGAUACGAUGCCCUGGCAGAGACUCUUGCUGUUUGCAUGGAACUUGGUGUCAAGGUUGUUACCGUAUAUGCCUUCAGUAUCGAAAACUUCAAGCGUCCUCGUGAACAGGUAGAACUUUUAAUGGAGCUUGCAAAGGAUAAGCUGACCGAGCUAGCUGAAAACAGUGAGCUCGUCCGACAGUAUGGUGUCAGUGUACGCGUUUUGGGAGAUGUUUCCCUGCUGCCAGAAGAUGUCCGUGCUGCAGUCCAUCGUGCUGUAGAUUCGACAAAGCAUAAUAACAGAGCUGUCUUAAACAUGUGCUUUCCUUAUACAUCACGGGAAGAGCUCACUAUGGCAUCCCGGUCGUUAGUGAGUGGUGUUGAGGCUCAUGAACUUGAUCCAAGCGACGUUACGACCAGCACAUUGGAGAGCAGUCUUUACACUCGCUCUUGCCCUCCAAUGGAUUUAUUAAUCCGAACCUCUGGCGAAAUCCGUCUGAGCGACUUCAUGUUGUGGCAGAGCUCAAGAGCAUGUCAUAUCGAGUUUACUGACUGUUACUGGCCUGAAUUUACAUUCUGGAAGCUCUUGCCCAUCCUCCUGAGAUAUCAAGUACGUGCGGCAUCGUUUGUUCAAUCCAGGAAGGAUUAUGACGAACGAGAAGCAGUGGCUCGUGAACAAGACGUCGUCGACGACCUGGCUGUAAACGAAAAAUCUAUUUCAGCUCUAUCACCACCGGCCCAAGAGGAGCGUAUUGUAAUUACCUGGAAAGAUUGUGAGCCCAAGGAAAAGAAGCAGCGGGUGGCUAAUUUCUUGACACACCGUGGACACUUACCAAAUUGUCCUCUCAUUCAGCUUCAAUAAAGUUUAAUACCGUACCAUGAAGCUUCUUUGUACCACUUCCAAGGCCAACUCUAUAUAUAUCUAGCUCCUUAAUGUCACCUCUGAGGUUUGCACAUAUCAUUUUUACAAAAGCUUCUUUCAG